AUGAUUCAAAACGUAACAGAUGGAAUAUCAAAUGCUCUGUCUACCUCUGAAAAGGUUCGUGGCUGGAAAUUGGUGCAAAAAACCAUUCCUCGAAUUAUCGAAUAUGGUCGAUCUGAGGGUAUUCUACAAGUCAAUGUGCAAUCGAAUGCAUUCAAUAUUACGGGAAUAGUAAUAGCAGCUCAAGAAGAAGCACAUACACAAAAGGAGCCAAAGUCUGGAGACAAGGUGAAUCUACCAACCAAUGACAUCACAACAAUGCACGAAGCCAUACCAUUUCUUCCAGUUCCAGUUGCGAUUACAUGCUUACUUUUCAAUAUUUUCAUUCCGGGAUCUGGCACAAUAAUAUCCGGAUUCUCUGCAUUAUGUAUGGGACAACCACGGAUAAAUAUGAAAGAAGGUCGAAAACUAAUAACUCUUGUUGUCAAUUUGCUCGUUGGAAUCUCCCAAUUUUUCACCAUUACCUUUCUGUUUGUUGGAUGGUUUUGGUCGAUUGCAUGGGGAGGGUUGUUAAUUAUUCAUUCUAUGCAAUACCGCGAAGCCCUUCAACAACGUCGCCAGGAAGCCGUUGCCACUGCGGCCAUUGAAGCGUUGACAAAAGAUUCGAUUCUACACAGAAGAGAUGUCAAGACACUUGUUAAAUCUCAUAAAAAAUCCAAAAAAUAA